UUUUAUUUAAAUUUUUUUUUUUAGGAAUCAAAUGUAAUAAAUUUUUUACAUAUUAAUAGUAAUAACGAUACAAUAAGAAAUUAUUUUACGUAAUUGACGUAUUAUAUAAUUUAAAAGUUUUAUCGAUAUUUUUAUUAAAUAAUGUAAAUAAUAUUUUGUUACAUAAUUAUUAAACGUGUAUUAUUUAUACAUUGAAUCGACUUCAAAAGUUGUUUAGCUUUCUUUAACAGUUAUUUACAAAUUGGUGGAAAGCUUUCGAUUUCCCGAGUAUUAUAAAUGCGAAGAUUGGCAACCAUAGAUUUCAUUUUUUCCCCAUUUUUUAGAUUAAAGUUACACAGAUAACUACAUCGAAAGUGCUUUAUAGAGAGGAUAGAUUAGAAAUGAUUUCUCGUUUUCUUUAUCGCUAUAUUUUUAGGCGGACAUCUAGCUUCGUUCUUGGCAUCGUUAUCGCCUCGGCAUUUUUUGAAAGAGCUUAUGACCACGCUUGUGAAAGUAUUUUUGAAUGGAUAAACGAAGGAAGACUUUGGAUGCACAUAAAACACAACUAUGAAAAUUCACUACAGACACAGACACAGAGUGAUCGCAAAGGAGCUGUCGAGAAAGAAACAUCAGACUUACAGAAAGUACCUAAUGAGAAUGCGAGAGAAGACUGAAUGUUUUGUACAAGAAGGAAAUUGUACGUUCGAUAAAUUACGAAAGACAUUUUCUCCAUGGAAAUACCUGCUGUAUAUUCGAGUUGUUGAGUUUCACGUGCAUUGUGAUAUUCGAUAUUUUCGUAUCAUAAAUGUAAUCUUGUUCGAGCAAAACAAAGAUACAGGCAAUUGAUAA